CACACUGAAUUAUGUUUCAAUAUUAUAUUCCGUGUCAAUUUUACAACAUACAACCUUGACGUUGGCAAAAUCGUCGUUUUGGCGAACGAUGGAGUCAUGAAACUUAAGAAAAAAAAGUCCAGUCCCAAAGAGUAAAUUAAUAACUCCAGUCUCCAGUCCAGCCUGAGCCAGUGAGCCAGCAGGAUUGUUUCAAUUUUCAGUCUUGUAUUUUUAAAUUUCUGUUGAGUAUAACUGUAUAAAAGUACACCUAUCUAUUCCUUUAACUACCUUUCCAUUGAAUAACUGUGUAACCUGUACGAGAUGUUGCGAUCAAAUAUACGUCUUUUUACAACAAAAUUGUUUACUUUUACAUGUAAAAAUACAAGAGCUUUGGGUACUUCUGUUCAAAACGAGCCGAGCAACCCAUGUAUUCAUACUCCUGUUCCUGGACCCAAAACACAGGAACUAUUUAAGGAACUAAAUUCUCUUCAGCAAGCACAAUCGGUACAGCUGUUUGCCGAUUAUGAUAAAAGCAUCGGCAAUUAUUUCGUGGAUGCCGAUGGUAACCAGUUCUUGGAUGCCUUUACUCAAAUAUCAUCAGUUCCCAUAGGGUACAAUCAUCCAGAGUUGCUAAAAGCAUUUGAGGACCCGCAUAAUCUCAGAUCUUUGGUGAAUCGUCCAGCAUUGGGAGUAUUUCCUGGUAAGGAUUGGCCAGAGAAAUUGAAGAAUGUUUUACUGUCAGUAGCACCACAGGGCUUAAAUAACAUAUCUACAAUGAUGUGUGGUUCUUGCUCUAACGAAAACGCAUAUAAAGCUGUAUUUAUGUGGUAUCGAAAAAAAGAGCGAGGUGGAAAGAUUGAUUUUACGCCAGAAGAGCUCAGUUCUUGUAUGACAAAUCAACCUCCCGGAUCGCCUAACUUGAGCAUAUUGUCUUUCCAUGGAAGUUUUCAUGGGCGCACAUUCGGUGCUUUGUCUACGACGAGAUCUAAGCCUAUUCAUAAGUUGGAUUGUCCUGCAUUCCCAUGGCCAGUAGCUCCGUUCCCAAGAUAUAAAUAUCCUCUUUCACAAUAUCAAUGUGAAAAUCAGCAAGAAGAUGAGAAGUGUCUCGAACAAGUGGAGGAUACUAUUGAAAAAUAUAAGAAAACUGGAAACGCAGUGGCAGGAAUUAUAGUGGAACCAAUUCAAUCUGAAGGUGGAGACCAUGAAGCGUCGCCGGAGUUUUUCCAGAGAUUACAAAAACUAUGUAAACAGAAAGGAGUUGCUCUCAUCAUCGAUGAAGUGCAAACAGGAUGUGGCCCGACUGGCAAAAUGUGGUGUUACGAACACUUCAAUUUGCCCAGCCCCCCAGAUGUGCUAACUUUCAGCAAGAAAAUGUUGACAGGCGGGUUUUAUUUUGCUGACGAGUUUAAAGUCCCACAUGCUUACAGAAUUUUCAAUACAUGGAUGGGUGAUCCAGGAAAAUUGAUUUUAUUGGAAAAAGUACUAAACGUGAUUAAACGAGAUAAUUUGAUCUGUCUUGUGAACGAGACCGGAAAGGUUCUAAAGGACGGUCUCCACGAACUCGAGAACGAGUUCCCCAAUAUUAUCAACAGCGUUCGUGGACGUGGCACAUUCUUGUCUUUUAAUGCUUGCAACACUGAAACAAGAGAAAAAAUUAAUACUGGUUUAAAGAAUAACGGCGUACUAGGAGGAGCUUGCGGUGAAAUUUCGAUACGAUUGCGUCCUUCUCUUAUCUUCGAAACAAAACAUGCACACAUUUAUUUAGAUUGCUUGAAGAAAACUUUAAAAGAAUUGUAACCGCUUGUUCUUAUUGUAAUCAGUUGUUUAUUUAUAGUUUUAUCAGCCGUGAAUAUAUCAUUUUUUUAAGGUUCCAUGGUGACCUAAACUACAAAACGUGUACGUAAACUACUAUUAUUUAACGAUUUUGUUACAAAUGCCAUACAAUUUUUUUUAUAUUUAUCAUGUUUAUCCAUUUUUAGUAUACAUUUAUUUAGUAAGUAAUUCUAAAGUUUACUACUCUUAAGUAUCCCAAAUUUAUAGUACCUAAUUUACAAUUAUUGAUUAGCGAACAACUUCGUACGUAAUUAUGUGGUGUACCUCUGUAAGUAGCUUGUUUAUAACUUCGAGGCAAUAUUGUGAAUGCAUGUUUAUGAGAAACAUGAUGACAAUAUUCACUUUCACCUACUUUUGUAAAUGUGUACUCAUUUAUUAUAAGUAAUAAUAUUUUGUUGCUGCUCUUAGUCAGUGAACUAUAUAGAAACGUGUCAAAUAUCUAAUGUUGUAUCUACUUUUAUUAUAAGUCUCUAUUUGUGAUAUGUUUUCAUUUGUUAAUUUUUGUUUUAUUUAGAGACACUUAAAUGUAUACUUUUUAUUAAAUGUAUGUAUCGUUUCGUACUAUUCACCCUUGCGAAACAGGCGAAGACUAGUGCGAAAUAAACUAAAAAAACUUAAUGCCUCACAAUGUCUUCCAAAUAAAUGUAAUGUGUAAUCGUUA